UACUAUAAAAUUCUGGUGGCAGUGAUUACAUUAAGUUCGAGAUGGCCACCGAUGUGGAGCCGGCAGCAAAUACGGCUGACAAAUUUUCAGCCAAUGCCGAGGAGCUGGAGAGCUACUAUCUGAUGUUGGAGGCGGGCAAUAUACCGGAACUACAGUGGCAAUUCCCGGGACGCAGGCCGCCAUCGCCGGAGGCUGGAUCCGGAGGAAAUAGCAAGGAAUUGGAGCAGGCAAGCGAUGCCAUUGAGCAGGAACCCCAAAAGGCCAACGAUUUCGAUUUCAGCGACGAGGUGGCUCCCACGCAAAUGCGCGUACGCAGCCAAACAUCUACACCGAAGUCGGCGAAAAAGAAGACAGCAAACUUUGCCGGAGUCAUGGAGACGUUGAAAAAGAAGAACGCAGAGAGCUCCUAGCACCCGCCAAAAUUCUAAUACUAGCUUAGCCAAGAAAUUCGAAUGGAGAUGUUUAGUCUAUAGGGAUUAUCUAAAAUUAAUAGGGGAAAACGCCAAGAGCUACUAGCAAGCACUUGGAUGACUCUAUAAACUAAAAACACUGUAAAAUGGCUUAGUCUUUCAGAAAUUCAGAUUAAGAUCAGUCUGCUCCGAAAUGGAUUAGAUUUUAGGAUAUAUGAAUGUUUGGUACAACGGGCAUGGCACUCGUCAAACUUCACAUUGGAAAAACACUGUCUAAUAUGGUAAAUCGUAGAUAAACCUAGGGUGAACAUAAAACCCACCUCACGAGUUUUAGCGACUAUUCCAUUAAAACUAAGAUCUUAAAAGGAUAAGGUACAUACUACCUAGUUAUAAUUGACACAAAUCUAACUUGUAAGGAUUUUUAUUUACCAUUUAAGAGUUCAGUUUUCCAUUACGUGGCAAGUACUGGUACACAGUAUCUUGUAAAAUGAGACAGCCUAUUCUUUAGAAUUAAUGAACUAUAUAAUCAAGAUUAGCAUAUUUAGCCGUAAGGAGUUUAUUUUACAUUUAAAACUUUUGAUUUUUAUUAAAGUGCUGACAAGCA